UGUAAAAUCAAGUAAAGUGUUUGAGAGAAUGUGGCUGGCAAGAAAAUUGGUUAGCGUCAAAAAGAAUAGUUUGAACGCUGCCGGUAUUCAAGUUGCUCUGAUUGUGACUUUCUUCUUAACCGCCUGUUCACCUGAAAAUCGAGUUCGUACUGCACAUAUAACCACUGUCUUGGGAGAUAAGAUCAAUUUGAACUGUUCUGCUAAUCAUCUGUCUGAAGAAAUUAUAAUGAUUAAAUGGAGUCGGUCAACAGGAACAACAUCCGAAGACAUUGUAUCCUAUGGUAACCAUGGCAAAUUGCAUUGGUUCCUCAAAGAUGAUAGACUAACAAUUUCAUCUUCUGAUGGAACUGUUCUCCAGAUACAGCCAGUAAAUCUUACGGAUGAAGGAAAUUACACAUGUGAAAUUUCAGCUUUCAGGGGAGUUUUUCGAGGCCAUUUUUUCUUAUUCAUAAUAGUCCCACCAGUUGUCAUGGUGAACGUCACAAUCUUACCAAAUGGCCACAAGAAGUUGAAAUGCAUUGCUUCAAAAGGUAAACCAGCAGCAACUAUUGCCUGGAAAGAGAAUAUUGUUGGAAAUUCCACAGAGAUUUUGAUUGAUAAUAAUAAUGGCAUUGUGACUGUGGAAAGCCAGCUCAUUACAGCUAUCAAUAUCACUGAGGAAGAACAAAUCUGCUUCGUAAAACACCCAGCAUUUAAUGAAAUGCAGAACCACACCAUCUCUAUCGGUAUGAGUACAGACAAGACCAGGUCGAUUUCUCUACAAUUAAUUUACACUUUAAUAACAUGUGCAUCAGCCAUCGCACUUGGGAUGUUUCUGCUGAUGAUAUGCAUUAUCAAGAAAAAAAGUGCAGUACCGGCAAUAAUCACUGAAAACACCCAGAUGAUAAAUCUCCCCCUUCCACAUUCAGGGAGAAGAAAACAACUUCGAAUGGUUAAAGAUCCAAUUUAUCAGAAUACAUACCACAUGAAAAGAUACCAACAUUCUGGAUAAAUCUAUGAGCCAAGAAAUUUAAAAAUAAUAAAUUUAUAUCACUUAUGUAAGUUUUUAAAUACGCGAAUUUGGGGAGAGAAACACAGUUAGCCUUUCAGUUCAAUGACCUUUCAUCAUAACCUUUUCUCUCUUGUCAUGAAAGGUCAUUGAUCUCUCUACCAAUGCUACCUAAUUGCUUAGUACAUGAAGUAUUUUUCUUUACUUCAGAUUCCCAGUUUCUGCUCUAUUUUCAUUUACAAUAUAAUUUUGAUAGCUUUAGCAUUUAGCAUUCAGUAGUAUUGUAGAAUAUUGUGAAUAAAACAUGUAAGAAUUGUUU